CAUUUUAUCACCACAUUCUUUUCUAAACUUUUUGCUAUACCAAAGAAGAAAAUAUGGGUGUGAAAGGCAAGUUAAUUGCUUCAAUAGAGGUGAAGUGUGGUGGGCAUUUAAUUCAUGAUAUUUUUCACACCAAUACUCAUCAUUUGCCCAACGUAACCCCUCGUAAGAUCCAGCGUUUUGAGAUUCAUGAAGGUGAAACCAUAAAGAAUGGUUCGGUCGUUAGCUGGAAUUAUAACGACGAUGGGAAAGAUAAAUUUUCAAAGCAAGUGAUUGAAGGCGUUGAUCCCCAGAAGAAAUCAGUCACUUGGAAAGUGAUUGGUGGAGAUCUGUUAGAGCUGUACAAUUCCUUCUCCAUUACAACAGCAUGUGACCAUCAAUGGGUUACAUGGACACUUGUGUACGAAAAAAAAACUGAAGACGUACCAGAGCCUCUUGCCUUCUUGGAUUUUGGCAUUCAUGUGACCAAAGAUACAGAGGGUCACCUCCUCAAGUAAUAAGAAUGUCAGUUCUAUUAAAUGGCUCAUAGCCAUAUAUAUAUAUAUGUGUGUGUGUGAGUUGUGUGAUACUAUUCAGCAAUAUUGGCUAGCGCUAGUUCUAGCUAGUGUGUGAUAUAAAUAAGGUCGUGUUUGAAGGAUAUGCUACAUAUGUCACUCUCCUUCUAGUGAUGCAUUUUUAAUGUUCAAUAUAUGUAACAUAUCAUGAAUUUUUCACGUUUGAAAUUACCUAUAAUAAAAGUGAUUUAUUUA